AUGUCCAACGCUCUUGAUGUGGAUAACCUAAGCCCGGUUACCGCUGCCGUGGCUAACAAAUUAUCAAGCGAUGUCAAUCCGUGGCUUCGAUUUCGAAGUUUCAUUUGGGAUAGUGAUACUCAUUUGAAAUCUCCCGAGGAAAGAAGACUAUUAUGGAAACUUGACACUGCCAUGCUCACCUGUCUCUGCUUGGGUUUUUUCUGUAAAUAUCUUGAUCAGAACAACUUAACCAAUGCAUACGUCAGUGGACUCAAAGAAGAUCUUGGAUGGAACGGAAAUCAAUUGACGUAUGCUGUCUCCCUGUACACAGCAGCCUAUGCUCUGAUGCAGAUCCCUUCUACACUUAUCGUCCAGAAAGUUCGACCAUCUUUGUGGCUUGCCUUUUGCGAGAUUGCUUGGGCGACAUUCACAUUUGCUCAAGCCGGAGUGCAUAAUACUAAAACAAUGUAUGCUUUACGAUUCUUGGUUGGGAUAACCGAAAGUGCCUUCUUUCCUGUCGGACUAUAUUUAUUGGGCUCCUGGUAUACGCCAACUGAGCUGGCAAAAAGAACGGCGAUUUUCCAUUUCACUGCUCCAGCUGGAGUGGCAUUUGCUGGUUACAUGCAGGCUGCUGUGUAUAAAACCUUAAAUGGGCAUGGAGGACUUGCAGGAUGGAGGUGGCUAUACAUUAUCUGUGGAAUCAUUACCCUGCCCUGUGGUGUACUCGUAUUCUUCGUGUUACCUGAUUAUCCCUCCACUGGGAAAAGAUGGUACUUGACGGAUGAAGAAUUUGAACUAGCUCAAGAACGUAUGCGAAGAGUUAAACGAGUUCAAUCAGAUGGUUUGAUCAAUUUGACGGUACUAAAGAGAAUAUUCUCGAACUGGCACAUAUACUUGUUACCCCUAACUUACAUAUUUUACGGUUUAAGUUGCGCGGGUUCGAGCUACUUCGCAAUUUACCUUAAAUCCACCAAGAGAUACUCUGUCGAAUUGAUCAAUAUUUUACCGACUUUCAUCUCGGUGAUCCAGGCAGUAACCACUCUACUUUAUGGUUUCUUGAGUGAUUAUACCGGUAGUCGAUUUUGGUUCACUUUUGGUCCAAUGGCCUACGGUGCUAUACCCUGUGGCAUCCUUGCUGUUUGGCCAGGGAAUUACAAUUUGAAGAUAUUCGCUUUCAUGACAUUGGGUAUUCAGCUCAUGACGGCGGUAAUCUAUUCUUGGUGGUCAGAAAUAUGUGCUGCUGAUCCACUCGAGCGAGCACUUGUCAUCGGUAUGAGUAAUGGUCUACAGUACGUCAUGAGUGCUUGGAUUCCACUUUUGAUAUUCAAGCAGACGGAUGGACCCACCUUCAGGAAAGGUUUCAUCUCAGAUUUCAUUUUGAAAUAUCUUCAUGAAAGAGAGUUACGUCAAAAAACUUUUAACGAUGAAGAAUAUUCUUCCUCUCCAGAAUUGUCCGGAUCACCUGUUGAUAAGAAAGUGAUCGACAACAGUCCCGAAAAUACCCCUGGAGAAGUGGCAGUUCUGAAGCAAAGACCAUGA